UUCUAUCAAUCAAAAUUUUUUUCUAAUGAAUUUGGAAGGCUUUGGGCAUGGUUUGAUGAAGCGGUUGGGGUGGAAACAAGGUGACGAAGACGAUGGUUGGUCCAAAAAAGCAAUUCAAAGUUUAAUGAAAAAAUUACAAAAACAAAACAAAGAAUCGAUUAGUUUAUUGGAAAAAUCGUUAAAUUUGCAAGGAAGAGAGCUAACUGAGUGUGUGACAAUUCCUAGAUCGCUGGAUGGACGUUUACAAAUUUCUCAUAGAAAAGCUUUGCCACAUGUUAUUUAUUGUAGAGUUUAUAGAUGGCCAGAUUUACAAUCACAUCAUGAGCUAAAAGCCUUGCAAUGUUGCCGUUAUUGUUUUGAAUCAGGCCAAAAAGAUAUUUGUAUAAAUCCCUACCAUUAUGAAAGAAUUUCUACUUCAAAUAUGCUCCCCCCAGUUUUGGUUCCCCGUUUUAGUGAUCCACCGCCUCUAAACAAUCCAAACAACAAUUUCAAAGAAGUGGCAACAAUUCCUUUUGUUCCGUGUCAGGAUUGGUGCACAAUUAGUUAUUAUGAAUUGAAUGGGAGAGUUGGAGAACAGGUAAAAAUAAGUGCUCUAGAAUGUAUUGUUGACGGCUUCACAGACCCUACCAUGGGCGAAUCUAAUGGACAACACAAAAUAUCGUUGGGAUUGUUUUCUAAUGUAAAUAGAAAUUUGACAAUUGAAAAUACUCGAAGAUUAAUAGCUAAAGGAGUUAAAUUAACUUAUGUGCCCUAUCAAGGAACACUUUAUGCUGAGUGUUUAAGUGAUAGCCCUAUUUUUAUUCAAUCGAGGAAUAGUAAUUGGAUAAACAAUUUUCACCCUACCACUGUUUGCAAACUCUGUCAUGGAUAUUCUCUUAAAAUAUUUGAUACAGCUAAAUUUGGAGAGCUAUUAAAUCAUUGUGCACAAAUGGGAUUUGAUAGCAGCUAUGAACUUACUAAAAUGACUAUUAUUAGAAUGUCUUUUGUUAAGGGAUGGGGAAAAGAUUAUCAACGGCAAGAUAUUACAUCAACCCCGUGUUGGAUAGAAAUUCAUUUACAUGCUCCUCUUAUUUGGCUAGAUAAGGCCUUGCAAAACUUGGCAAAAUUGGGUCCGCUUCCAGAUAAAAUUCAUUCAAAUUCGUAA